CCCAGGUUAGCAGCACCAGCUAGUCCGCGAGCAUAAAGAAAAGAUUCACCUGGCCAGCACCGUCUCAGCCGUCGCGAGGCCCAGAUUUUUUUUCCCCCUUCUUCGAUUAAGUGCUAUGCUGCUAAUAAAAAGUUAAAGACACCUGAGUGCUGUUUUAACGAAUUGAGAGGCUGUUGCGGGGAGGGGAAUUCCAGGCCCAGCCAGUUCUGGAAGUUGGAUUGGAUGGCGGACUGACGUGGAUCGAGCCGGAAAUUUACGGAAGAUUGCAAAACACAAUUCACCAGCAAGCACCACUUGAAGAUUAGUGGGUCGGGAGAUAAGCUUCGAAUGACGACGACAUCGAGGAAGAUUCAUUGUAAUGUAAAAAUAGUUUGUAAAUGUGGAACCAGCUCGUAUCAGAGGUUUAAGCUGUGAUGUGGCUUAAAUUUUGUUGAGCAAAGUGCAAAAUUGUCAAGAGUACACCUUGUUUACUCAACUGUUUGGCCAGGCCCCCCUCGCCCAAAACAAUGCAAUGGCCUUUCAGGUGUUGGUGGUGAACCGAAUCGAUUGUGCUUGAGAAAGAUAGGAAGCGAAAAAGUAGAGAAUUUAAUUGUAAUUGAGAGCAGCGCAGCACAAAACACCGGAAAAGUGCUGUGGUAAAUAAUUAAUCGCAAUUGUGCCCAGCUGGUUUUGUGGUGUUCUAUAUUUGAAAAAAAAAAAAGAAUCAGCAGCAGGAAGAAUACACUGGUCCACGAUGAUGGAUCUAAGAAAAGAACACAUUGCGAUUGGCAUCAAUAGUGGCGAGACGGCGUCCGGAGCGGCCAGCGGCAGCAGAAAAAGUUUGCGAAGGCACUGGAACCAACUGUCCCGCUUCCAGAAGAACCUGGUCUGGAUCGUGCUGGCCGGUAUUUGCAUUUUCCUGUUCUUUUUGAUUCCGUACGAUGACGAUGGAACGAGCCCCAGCGAUUCGCGCGUCGACCGUCCCCUCGAGCACAUCCAGAUUGCCCCGUUCAAGGAUCGGCAUCAACACCUGAAUCUGGAAAAGAUCGGCGUAGGUGGUAUCCUCGAGCGGUCCUUCCGGUCGACGGAUGCCGAGGUGAAGGAGGUUAAUCUGGCCGGUGGCAAGAACAUAAUCGAUGAGCCGCCGGCCAUGGCCGCCGAAGGUAACAACAACCAGCAGCUGCUGGAGGAGCCCAAGCUGGACGAACCGGAAGGAGUCGGAGGGGGUGGUGAAGUAGGCGUUGGUGAGGAUGGGGCGGCCACGCUGCAGAUCGUGCAUAGCGAACCCAAGGAGGUGGUGGAGAAUGAGGAGAACGUGCUGGAGGAGAACCGGAAGAGUGGUGAUGCGAAGGAUUUCAAGGGUCCGACGAAUGAUCGGCAACGGGCCGUGAUCGACGCCUUCCUGCACUCGUGGAGAGGUUAUAAGGAGUACGCGUGGGGUCACGACAACCUCAAGCCGAUCUCGAUGAGCUACUCGGACUGGUUCGGGCUAGGGUUGACGAUCGUUGAUUCGCUGGACACGAUGUACAUAAUGGAUCUGCAAGAGGAGUUUGACGAAGCUCGGAACUGGAUCGAUCAGUAUUUGCGGUUUGACGUCAAUCGGGACGUGAACUUGUUUGAGGUGACGAUUCGCGUGUUGGGAGGACUGUUGAGUACGUACCAUUUGUCCGGGGAUAAGAUGUUCCUGGAUAAGGCGUUGGACUUGGGACAACGUUUGCUGCCGUGUUUCGACUCUCCGUCGGGGAUUCCGUACUCGGAUGUGAACAUUGAAACCAUGAAGGCCAGACCUCCCAAGUGGUCACCGGAUAGCUCGACCAGUGAGGUAACGACGCUGCAGCUCGAGUUUCGCGAUCUUUCGCGAACGGCAAUGAAUCCAGUGUUUGAAAAUGCUGCCCACAAAGUGAACGUUAAGGUUCACGAACUGGAGAAGAACGAAGGACUGGUGCCAAUUUUCAUUAAUGCUAACACGGGGCAGUUUAGAAAUUUUGCCACCAUCUCGCUUGGGGCAAGAGCGGACUCAUACUACGAGUACCUGCUGAAGCAGUGGCUGCAGACGGGCAAGAAGAACGAUGACUUCCUAAUCGACGACUACCAGACGGCGAUCCGUGGCGUCCUGAACCAGCUCGUCAAAACCACCCCGAACGAGAAGCACCUCUACAUCGGCGAGCUGAUCAACGGCAAGGACUUUAAGCCCAAAAUGGACCACCUCACCUGCUACCUCCCGGGAACCCUCCUGCUCGGCCACAAAAACGGCAUGCCCAAAUCCCACCUCAAGCUGGCCAACGACCUGCUCGAAACGUGCUACCAAACGUACAUGAAGCAGCCCACCCAGCUCGCCCCCGAGAUCUCCUACUUCAACCUGAACGGCGAGUCCGAGAGCGACAUCUACGUCAAAACGAACGACGCCCACAACCUCCUGCGGCCCGAGUUCGUCGAGAGUCUCUACUACUUCUACGCCAUCACCGGCAACAAAACCUACCAGGACAUGGGCUGGACCAUCUUCGAGGCGUUCAACAAGUACACCAAGGUGAAGAACGGCUACACCUCGAUCGGCAACGUCAAGAACCCGCUCAACACCCGGCCCCGCGACAUGAUGGAGAGCUUCUGGCUGGGCGAAACGCUCAAGUACUUUUACCUGCUGUUCAGUGACGACCGGAACGAGAUCGACCUGGACAAGUACGUGUUCAACUCGGAGGCGCACCCGCUACCGGUGCGGGACAACUGAAUGACGGCGACCAAGAAGACUGUGAGAUGGGAGUGAGUGAGGGACGGUGCAACGGUGGUAGAUUUUAGGAGAAUACUUGUAAAUUCCACUAAAUGUUCGCUGUUUUAUGUGUGUAGGUGUAAGCAGUGUCUUCAA